CAUCACAUACAAAAAAAAAAAUAAGUUAGUUGUACGUCAGUCUUUUUUUUCUUCAACUUUUUUAUUUUGUUAAAUCUAGAUAGAUUGUAAAGAUGUCCACACCUACCAGAAGAAGACUUAUGCGUGACUUUAAGAGAUUACAAAGUGAUCCCCCAGCUGGUGUAUCAGGUGCGCCUUGCCAAGAUAAUAUCAUGAUGUGGAAUGCAGUCAUUUUUGGGCCUGCUGAUACCCCUUUUGAAGAUGGUACAUUUAAACUCGUUUUACAAUUUGACGAGACCUAUCCCAACAAACCACCUCAAGUUAAAUUCGUAUCAAAAAUGUUCCACCCCAAUGUAUAUGCCAAUGGUGAACUCUGUUUGGAUAUUUUACAAAACAGAUGGAGUCCUACUUAUGAUGUUGCAGCUAUUUUGACCAGUAUUCAAUCUCUUUUCAAUGACCCUAACCCUAAUUCACCAGCUAAUGCAGAAGCCGCUAAUCUUUACCGUGAAAAUAGAAAAGAAUAUGUUCGCCGAGUAAGAGAGACUGUUGAAGAAUCAUGGGAAUAAAUAAAAAGAAAUUCGCAUAAAAACCACACAACUUGAAUGACCGCUUCUUUUUUUCUUUUAUUUUCUAUUUAAUUUAUAUAUGUCUAUUGAUUUAUGUAAGCUCACAAACUAAAUAAAAUAGUUUAACACA